AUGUCUGAUGAUAAAAGAAAAAGAAGUGCAGCCACUUCCGAAGGGAAUGAUUCUUCAACAAAGAGAAAACAAACAACAAAGAUUAAUCAAGGUAUAAAUCCAAUAAAUAAAGAUGGAUUAUCUGAAUGUUUCCAUAAGAUUAAAACAAGUUUAUACCUUUCUUUAGCUCCAAUAUAUAGUAAAACUCCAUUAGAAGGUCUUAAAUCUCAACAUUUGGAUAAUAUGAUUAUGAAACAUUUCGCUCCUGCAAAUGGGGUUGUUAUAGGAUAUGAUAAUUUAAAAUUAAGUGAUGAACAUUCAUAUAAUGCCGGUGGGAAUAAUAAUGAAGAUGAUGAUGAAGAAGAAACUCAAUUUAUUACAGCUAAAUUAAAUGCUCAUAGUCCUUUUGCAUUUUUUUGGAUUAAUGUUGAUCUGUUAGUAUGGCGUCCAAGUAUUGGUGAUGUUGUUGAAGGUCUUAUAUAUAUGCAAUCUCCUUCACAUAUUGGUCUUUUAAUUAAUGAUACAUUUAAUGCAAGUAUUAAAAAAAAUUUUAUACCUGAAAAUUGGGAAUUUAUUCCAAAUCAAUUAGAUGAAUUCCAAGAUGAAAAUCAAGAUGAUGAAGAAAAUAAUUCAAAAUCUAAAAAAUUCCAAAGUUUAGGUCAAUGGAAUGAUGAAAAUAAUAUGCCAAUUGAUGGGAAAAUUAAAUUUACAAUUAGAAGAAUUCAUACAUCUGGUAGAGUUGUUUCAGUGGAAGGUUCAUUAAUUAAACCAGGUUCAGAAUUAGAAGCAAAACCUGUUACACCAGGUCAAAUUGGUAAAAAAAUUACAUUUAAUGAUGAUUUACCAAUUUUAAAUUCUGUUCCAGAUGAUGUUAAACAAGAUGUUCCAACUUAUGAUGUUGGUAAAAGUAGUGAUAAUGAAGAAGUUGUUGCAGAAAAUUCAUCAAGUGAUGAUAAUUCUGAUUCAGAUUAA